AUAAAAAAAAUAAAAUAAAAUACAAAUGCUUUAACUUAACUUUUUAAUAUUUUAUAAUAAACUUAUUAUUAUUUAAAAAAUCAUUAUUUUCUAUUAAAUGGAAUCAACAAAACAAGAAAACCGUGCUGUCAAUGAUGAAGUAUGGAAUGAUUUAUCCCACAUCAAUUCCGACAUCCCUACUCGACGUAUAAAAUGUGAUAAAUGCAAAAGACCAAAGACAGUUUGCUAUUGCGAGUCUCUUCCCAAUCCACCACUCGACAUAAAAUCAUCAAUUGUCAUCCUUCAACAUCCAGCCGAAGAGAAGCGACCUCUCCGAACUGCUUUGAUGCUUCAACUCGGCUUGACACCGGGAAAAUGCACUGUCUACAAAGGCAAACGAUUUCCCUCACCCAAGAAUCAAACUGAACUUGAAACUAUAUUCAAUUCAGCAAAUUCUCUGCUACUAUAUCCCAGUAAAGAUGCUAUUCCAAUUGAAAGUGUCGACAAGAGUCAAGGACCUUUCACAUUGAUUCUAAUAGACGGCACAUGGCCACAAGCUAAAGCCAUCUAUGCCAGCAGUCCAAUGCUCCAUAAACUACAGCAAGUAAAACUAAUUACCUCGGGAACUAGUGAUUAUGUUAUUCGAACUCAACCGACUGAAGGUUGUUUGAGUACGCUAGAAACUGCCGCCGAGAGUUUAGCUAUUUUAGAAGAAUGUCCCGAGUACAAGGCAAAACUUGUACAGCCUUUGCAUACACUUUGUAAAUAUCAACUUGCAAAUGGAGCUGUCGAACAUCAAUCUAAAGAGUUUAGAAUAAAGAAUAAUCAAUAUCCGAAGUUGAUUGGUAAGAGACUACACAAGUUGUUAAAUCGUACUGGAAGCGCAUUGAAUGGACAACAAUCGGAAGUGACUGCAGCUGUGACGACGGAGAUGAAAGAACAACAGAAAUAGCAUUUAAAGUCUUAGGCGAGGAAUAUUUAUGUUGAUUGAAUCUUGUUUACUGUUUUUUAUAUAUUAAAAAAGAUUAGCGGUUGCAAUAUAUAUCGAUUAAAAGUUAAACAUUUGAAACAAAAA